CUAGGCGCCAGCUGAUCGUUAUAGUACGGGUAAAAAAUCGUCAACCAAAUCGAUUCAAGAACAAUCAAGCUAAACAUAUAAACCCUAGGUUCUGCACUAUCCACAAAUUUCCAUCUAUUUCAUACACGAUAACACACAAAUCGUGUUUCUAAUCGACUCAUACGCAUUAAAAGCCGUUUAAUCUGCGUUGCUGUAUGAAAAACAGAGGGGGAGAGAGAGCGAAUUAAUCGCUGUAGGUGGAGGAAAGAGAUAGAGAUAAAUCUCAAACAUGUCUGCCGUAGUGUGUGGGAAAAGGUCAUAUUUUUUCGAAGAUACGACGUCGUCAUCGCCGCCUGCUUCUAAGAGGACUUGCUUUUCCUCGAAUUCCCCUGCUCGAAUCUCUCCGCCGCGAAGCAAUACGGUUCGCUUGUUGUCUGCUGCGCAUUUGGAUCAUCUGGCUGCUCUGUUUCCUGAUAUGGAUAAACAGCUUCUGGAGAAAGCACUUGAAAGUUGUGGUGAUGAUUUGGAUGCAGCUAUCAAAAGUUUGACUGAGCUACAUUUGGAAUCAGCAAUUGGAAAAUUUGACCCUGUACAGGACGCAAAUGUCCAAGCACAAAUUCCAGUUGCAAUAACUUCAAAUGGUGAGGAUGCAUCGUCUCAGAAUCCAUCAAACACCCAAAGUGCUCCCAUGGACGGUGCAGAGUGGGUGGAACUUUUUGUUAGAGAGAUGGGGAGUGCCUCUGACAUGAAUGAUGCAAGAAAUCGUGCUUCAAGGGCUCUUGAGUUCCUAGAGAAAUCUAUACGUGCUCGUGCAACUGCGGAGACAGCUAAGGGCCUGCAACAGGAAAACAAUCUGCUGAAGGAACAACUCCAAGCCCUGAUUCAGGAAAACGUUAUAUUGAAGAGGGCGGUCUCAAUUCAACAUGAGCGUCAGAAAGAGUUUGAGGGUAAGAGUCAGGAGUUGCAUAACUUAAAGCAGCUGGCGUCCCAGUACCAGGAGCAGCUGAGAACACUUGAGGUCAAUAACUAUGCUCUGACAUUGCACCUCAAGCAGGCUCAGCAAAGCAACUCCCUCCCGGGGCAUUUUCAUCCUGAUGUCUUUUAGUAUGUAACUUAAUAGUUAAGAUGUUCUAUAUCCAGUAUCCAGUUGCCGUGACAUGUGGUUUGAAACUCCGAGGUCACCCGGUUAUGGUUCCCUGUCUGCAUGAAUGUUCCCUUAUUUUUUCUUUCUAUUUCUGGUUUUUAAAUAACUUUCAAAAAUUAAAUGUUGUUUUAAGUUCAGAAUAAUUUUAAAUGAUUGUUGCUGUUACAUUUGGAGUUUGACUACCAAAUUAUAGUAUUGUUGUACAUUAGACUCAUAUAUAUUCACCUGUUUUAAGUUUCUAAA